AAGACAUUUUUUGUGAAACGUCUUGCUCGCUCUCUCGCUUCCAUGUUUGUUCGUGGUCAUUUUGCAUUUCUGUGCUAGAUUUUCCAGUUUAGCAUUUAAAAUUAGUGAUUUUAUUCGUUAUAGUGUGUAAUUAAUGAUAUUUUCGGCAUCACGGCGACCUCUUGAGGAUUUGUCGCCUAAGAAAAAGUGUUUAACGACUGAAUAAUAACAGGGAGGGUAUGUCUUUCACAUCCUUAUAAUCAAGUAAAUGCGUCAUUUUAUCGAAUAUUGUUAAGUGUGUGCACGAAACAAGAGGAUUAGUUGUAGGUCACGGCUUUGUGGCGGAUCGUCUGGAUAAUUGUCUCCGCGAUGGCAACAAACAGGAGCGGGGCGGCGCAGCGUCCAAACGGCGCUCCGCAGACGAAGGUGUGUCAGUUCAAGCUGGUGCUGCUGGGCGAGUCGGCGGUGGGCAAGUCGUCGCUGGUGCUGCGCUUCGUGAAGGGCCAGUUCCACGAGUACCAGGAGAGCACCAUCGGCGCGGCGUUCCUCACGCAGACAGUGUGCCUCGAUGACACCACCGUCAAGUUCGAGAUAUGGGACACCGCUGGGCAGGAGAGGUAUCAUAGCUUAGCGCCGAUGUACUACAGGGGUGCGCAGGCGGCUAUCGUCGUCUACGACAUCACUAAUCAGGACACAUUCGGCCGCGCCAAGAAUUGGGUGAAGGAGCUGCAGCGGCAAGCGUCGCCGUCGAUCGUGAUCGCGCUCGCGGGCAACAAGAGCGACCUCGCCGCCAAGCGCAUGGUCGAGUUCGAGGAGGCGCAGGCGUACGCCGACGAGAACGGGCUGCUGUUCAUGGAGACCAGCGCCAAGACGGCCAUGAACGUCAACGAUAUAUUCUUAGCUAUCGCGAACAAGCUGCCAAAGAGCGAGGGCGCGGGCGCGGCGGGCGCGGGCGGCGCGCGGCGCCUCGCCGACGGCGAGCAGCCGCGCCCCUCCUCCUGCUGCAAGUGAUACCGCCGCCACCAGAUAAAAUCGCAACACGGUGAGGGCAUGCGGCGGUUGAGGUACGUAGUAGGUAACAUAACGAAGCGUUUACAAUAACAGGCCACGCAGCCGACACAGCGGCGCGGACGUAGACCGGCUGCCGAGCCACACCGCCAGCGCACUACCCGCCACACGCCACGGAUAGGGGUGUCUUUGGCAAUAGUUUAACAACACCACACUAACAAGAGACGUGCAGACUUACACCUGACCACAGACCAGUUACCCUGUAGUCACAGAUUAAAAUUGUUUUAUAUAGGGGGGUUUAAAAUCUAAGAAAUACUAUUGACAAAUAAUAUCGUUGGGCAGAUGGUGAGUUAAGACGCACUUGACGUCAAAAUAGAACGUUAACAAAUCCCAAUAAGACAGGUAGAGUGAGUUCCUUAUGCUUUGAGUUGAGUCGCGUGACGUCAGCAACUGUCACCUACUAAACACACCAGUGACUGCAGUUAAUAACUCCAAUAGGGUCGUAGUUUUGCGUACGAUCAAUGCGUAAAUGCAGCGUGGAUUGUGGCGUCUCGCAGGUGUAUCUGUGCCCUUGUGUAACCGAAGUUAUACUAUAUUCAUGAAAAAGAAACACUGAAUGUAAACAAAUAUUUCUCAAGUUUUCAAUCAUUUAACAAAACCAUCAUUAACGUACUGUUUGUGAUCAUCUAGUAUGUCUUUUUCACGAAUACUGUAUUCUGAUUGGUUAGUACGCACCCAUGACGGACGCGCCCGUUGUAAUGUGUAAGCUCGGCAGCCCAAGACUUUUAGUUUCCAUUGCUUCGACGCUCUCGCCUGGCAGAGCUUCACUGUAGUGUCGGCACUAUGUAAAAAAAUAUAUAUCAUCCGAAGUGAGAGAUAAUUAGUGAGAUUAUACAAUUGUACGGUUUGCAAAUUAAUAUUUAAAAAUUGUUUGAUAGAUUUUUUUUUUGUGUACAAAGUUUAUGAAAUUUGACCGUCGAGUCGUGAUUAUGUAUCCCAGUUAGUCGAUGUAUCGAUUGUGAACUACUUAUCGAAAACUCUUUUAUGAUCUCUACGACCGCCCCGUUGAACCAUAGAUAAAAUUGUAUAUCAGUCUGUUGUCUACGUCCACGCUCGCUAUUAUAAACAUUAAAAAAGCUAAUUAUGAAAAAUGAUACUAGUUUAAAAAAAUAAAUAAAAAAAACUUAUUUGUAAUUGUAAUGAUAUGUAAUAAAAGGUUUAUAUUUAAUUUCAUCCGUACUUCUAUAGCCGGUGUGCACACCCCAUGUCCCCUAGAUGUAAGGGUUACUUAACGAGAAUUGUUUAUUUAGCAUUAACGAUGUUGCAAGCUUACGUAUAUCCACUAUAUUGUAUAUUGUACGUGUUUGAAACGGACAAAAAAGGUCAUACAUUUUUUGUCGUCUCAUUUUUUUUUUCAUGCUAAAGAACCUAUUUUUGUCCGGUUGAAAUAUUGCCUUAACAUAAACGAGCCAAACGCGACUCAUGCAGCGGCCCACGGGGUAUACACCGAAUACCUCUGGUAUUACCUUUCUAUAGGCAGUAGAAGUUAGUUUUUCUAAGCCCUGAAUUCUUACGCCACACGUCAGAAUACCACACUGUGGCCGUAUGAAGUUGAAGCUAUCAUGGAAUAAUGACUUCAACUCCUAGGUAAUUGUAUGCCACCGUGCGCCGCUAGAUGUCGCCGCGUCGGCUUCCACGUCAAAUCACGGUGAAGGUGCAUUUACAUACGAGUAAUCAUUAUCAUACGUCAUAUAAUAUAAUACACUUACGAUUUGAUGUGCGAACAAACCUUGUUAGUCGGUCUUGGGUAUGAGUUGCAGUGUUAAUUGCUUUUCUAGGUGAAACAAUUAUUGCUACCAAUAAUAGUAGGCAAUUAUUCCUUAAAUAAGUUAUUCUGUCUGAUCAUGCGCAAUAGCCAAUUCUCGAACGCGUUGACGUAUACGAGUUUUGACAAAUAUUCAAAGACGAUUGUUGCUAUUAUUGAGUACGAUGAUUGCUACCAACAAUUGCUGUGUCUAAAUGGAGCUUUACAAAGGUUUUGUUUAGGUAGAUAAAACAACAUCAAGUUAUUAUUGAAUGACAACUGUAUUCAUGAUAUAGAUGAUAGAGCGGUGAUAGCCUAGUUGAGUGUGGAAUGGACUGCCGAGACGAAUGUGCGCAGGUUCAAAUCCCAAGGGCACACACCUCUGACUUCUAAAAUGAAGUGUGUAUUCUUUGUUAAUUAUCGCUCGCUUUAACGGUGAAGGAAAACAUCGAAAGAAACCUGCAUACCUGAGAAGUUCCCUACAGGAAUUUUGAGGAUGUGUGAAGUCUACCAAUUCAUGAUUCCACUUAAUUGUCCUAUUAAGUCCAAGUAAACGCGUUAAGUACUUGCCAUUGCAGCUCAGCACCGUUGUGAUCAUGUCACGGGAGGUUUGACAAAGGCCACAUUACACUUCGCUUAGUGAAACACGAGUUCAUUUAUCAUAGGCUAAUUGUCAUCAGUUUUGUGCGCGUGCGCAUGUGUGUUAACAUCCACUUGAUUAAAGGCUUAACAUUUUGUGUUGUGUUUUCAGUGUCUUAUGUUAAAGUAUUGCCGAUAUCUAAAUGUCGUAAGUCCGUGUAAGUGUUGAAAACACAAUAUUUUUGUAAAAUUAGCAUUACGUGACGAAUGACAAACACUCUCAUACGUCUGUGUGGACACACGCACGCACACACACAUCGUUCAUUUUAGUUCAAACAAUGCGCGUAGAUAUUUAAAAUUAGGUUCUAUUUCUCAUUUAAGAAGUUAUUUUAUAUAACGGUAAAUAAUUAUGAACUAAAAAGUUCAAUAUUAUAUGCUAUUGAUAUGUAUAUUCCUUGUAACGGUUACGUUUUAAACAAUAUUUAGGGUCGGCGCCGAUGAACGCAAUGGUAGUGAUCGGAUGGCGUUAAUUGAAACUCAACUUUACACGCCUUUACAUACGAUUUAUAUUAAUAUAAAACGUAAUAUAGCUGCUCAAAGCAGUGCGAACUUUUACACUAAUAUAAACCGUAUUUUAAAAAUAUAAAAUUUACUUUCAAUCGUAUUUAACCAUUUCGUCAACAUUGCGUUUGUCAGCGCUGGUUAACUAUUUGUUUGGUGGGUCGGGGUCCACGCCUCGCCCCCUUGUUAGGUGGGGUGUAUUUACAAUACAAUGUUAAACGCAUUCCAUACAGGGAAGAUUCACGGCAGUGGAUUUUUGACGAUUUUAGAAACAUGAAAAUGUGUGAAGCUUGUAUACCCUUUUUUGCUGUUAGAUUAUUCGAUUAUCAUCAUUGUAUUUGAUACUGUGCGAGUGGUUUGCGAUUUUGACAGCUGAAGGCCGGAAUGGUCUGUCAUUCGUCGGUCAAUAAGUUAAAAAACAAUUUGAAGUUAUCCGUAUCGCGUGGUUCUUGUUGAAACAUAUUCUACUACAACAUCCACAUUUCUCGCAUGACAGCUGUCAAAAACGUCAAACUGACAACUGAGUAGUGGCAACUAGCGCCACGGCUGGUUAUUGUAAGUGUACAGAUCGCUUGCGUCUCGUUUCCCCUAGUGUACUCUUAGUAAUGUAUAUUGUAUCAGAACGUUGGAUAUGUGGAGAUCCGAGGGAGCCAACUGUCCUUACGUAUUGAAAAAAGUAAUUAAUGCCUUUUUUGCCUACCUUCCCUAACUAUAAAAGUAGUCGUAUAAUAGUGUGAAACUACUCCAAAAUGGCCGACGUCUAAUCACAUUGAACUCGCUCGUUAAUUAGGGAAGGUAGAUGAAAUCCGGUCCAAAUGUAUUGCAAUCCCUUAAUUUUUUAUCCUGUAAGAUGCUUUCAUAGUUGAAUCCUCUUAUUUAUAAAAUUUAUUAUAUUUUUUCUCUUUCACUCACAUGAAAUGUGAAAGAGACAAUGUAAUAAUUAAUAUAUUUAUAAAUAUGAGGUAAAUGUUGAUUACUCCACGUUUUAACACAUUGUCGCGAGAAAUUCGUGUUAGAUAAGUUAUACGCGAUCCGUUGCACGUUUUAUAGUAAACAAUAGCGUUAUGCGUCUAGGUUACUUGGUAGUGGAAACACAAUAGUAUUUUCAUACAUCAGAUGUUACUUUACUCAUUUUUUUUCAUUCUUUGGGGCUAUGAAGGCCUUUGUGUCCAUUCUUUAUGAUGCAUUGAUUCCUCGUAUUGUUAAAAGGAUAAAAUUAGAUUACAUCUAGAUAUAAUUAACUUGAAAGGCAUUGAUGUGUUGAGUGUGAAAAAUUCAAUAGGUAAUCUAACGUAAUCAUAAAGAAUACAGUAACUGGAGGUAUACUAUGUUCCGUAUCUAAAAAGUUUACAUAAAUAACAAACUUCUUAUGCUACUUAAGUAAACUUUUUAGUUAUGGAACGUAGCGUAUCUUCUAAAUCAGUGGCCUUCCUAGUCCCGCGUUUCCGCGCUUAGAAAAGGUGCAAUAUUGCAAUAGCGUACACACCCGCUUUUCAAUAGAGAUUGGUUUAGCGUAGCACACGCUAGCCCUGAUGCAAACCUAUACAUGUAACCGACCUGGCCAAGACUGGCGAAAGGACACCGAUCGAGGUCAUAUUGUAUGUUUUGUAUCGUGUAAAUAUUUUGGAUUUAUUAAGAUUAUUAUAUUGAAUAAAAAAAUAUUGUAAAUGGA